GUGAUGGGGUGGGGAAUGCGCUGAGAACCGCGACACCGCGGGUUCAUUCAGACAACCUCCUCGCCCCACCUGCCCUCCGGAAAGACUGCCCCUGAUAGGCGUGGAAGGGAACCGGAGAACUGGGGAGAAGCGUCACGAGUUAGAGCUGCCGGGGGAGAGCGGAGGGGAAUGUGGAGACGCCACCGGCGGCGACUCGCGGCCGCCGGCGUCGCGUUGGUCUCUGGCUGAGCGGAGCUUCAGAAGCCGCUAGAGCCGCGCUCUGAAAUGCCACCUCCUGCCGCUGCGGAGAAGACCUGACGCCUCCCGCGCCGCCCCGGCGGGGGCUGCUGCUGCGGUGUCCGGGGCGUCCUCGCCCGGGGCCUCUCCGUGCCCUGCAGAAAUGGCAAAUCCCGAGGUAGUUAUAAGCAGCUGCAGUUCUCAUGAAGAGGAAAAUCGCUGCAAUUUUAACCAGUCUACACCCAUCUCUGAGGAGCUUCUAUUAGAAGACCAAAUGAGGCGAAAACUCAAAUUUUUUUUUAUGAAUCCUUGUGAGAAGUUCUGGGCUCGAGGUAGAAAACCAUGGAAACUUACCAUACAAAUUCUAAAAAUUGCAAUGGUGACUAUCCAGCUGGUCAUUUUUGGGCUAAGUAAUCAAAUGGUGGUAGCUUUCAAAGAAGAGAACACUAUAUCAUUCAAACAUCUCUUCCUAAAAGGAUAUGUAGACCAAAUGGAUGACACCUAUGCAGUGUACACACAAAAUGAUGUAUACGAUCAGAUCAUCUUUGCAGUGAACCAGUACUUGCAGAUACGCAACAUCUCAGUUGGGAACCACGCGUAUGACAGCAGGGGUCCCAAGCAGUCUGCUAUGGCAAUCUGUCAGUACUUCUACAAGCGAGGAAACAUCUACCCUGGGAAUGACACCUUUGACAUUGAUCCAGAAAUUGAAACUGAAUGUUUGUUUGUAGAGCCAGAUAAGCUUUUCUACAUUGGAACACUAGAAGAAAAUAAGCUCAACUUAACACUGGACUUUCACAGACUCUUAACAGUGGAGCUUCAGUUUAAACUGAAGGCGAUUAAUCUGCAGACAGUCCGUCAUCAUGAGCUUCCUGACUGUUAUGACUUCACUCUGACUAUAACAUUUGACAAUAUGGCCCACAGUGGAAGAAUUAAAAUAAGUUUAGAUAAUGAUGUUUCCAUCAGAGAAUGUGAAGACUGGCAUGUAUCUGGAUUAAUUCAGAAGAACACUCAUUACACAAUGAUCUUUGAUGCCUUUGUCAUUCUGACAUGCUUGACUUCGUUAAUCCUCUGCCUUCGGUCUGUGAUUAAAGGGUUUCAGCUUCAGCAGGAAUUUGUCAAUUUUUUCCACCUCCAUUAUAAGAAGGAAGUUUCUGUUUCUGAUCAAAUGGAAUUUGUCAAUGGAUGGUACAUUAUGAUUGUUAUUAGUGAUAUGUUGACAAUCAUUGGAUCAAUUCUGAAAAUGGAAAUUGAAGCUAAGAGUCUAACGAGUUACGAUGUCUGUAGCAUCCUUCUUGGGACUUCUACCAUGCUUGUAUGGCUUGGAGUCAUCCGAUACCUCAGUUUCUUUCAGAAGUACAAUCUCCUUAUUCUGACCCUUCAGGCAGCGCUGCCCAGUGUCGUCAGGUUCUGCUGCUGUGCGGCUAUGAUUUAUUUAGGCUAUUGCUUCUGUGGAUGGAUUGUGCUGGGGCCUUACCAUGAGAAGUUCCGUUCUCUGAACAUAGUCUCUGAGUGUCUUUUUUCUCUGAUAAAUGGAGACGACAUGUUUGCCACAUUUGCAAAUAUGCAGCAGAAAAGUUACUUGGUCUGGCUGUUUAGCAGAAUUUACCUCUACUCAUUCAUCAGUCUUUUUAUAUAUAUGGUUUUAAGUCUUUUCAUUGCACUGAUCACUGAUACAUAUGAAACAAUUAAGCAUUACCAACAAGAUGGCUUCCCAGAGACGGAACUUCACGUGUUUAUAUCAGAGUGCAAAGAUCUACCCAACUCUGGAAAAUACAAAUUGCAAAAUGACCAGGCAGUAUCUGUAUUCUGCUGUUGUAAAAAGUAGCUAUCAAGCUUAUCUGUGCUCUAGAGAAAAAUAUAAUGUGCAACUGAGAUGGGAAACUAUAUGAAUAUUUUAAAAUCAGGUGUGUUAUAUUCAUAGACAAAUUAUCAUUUGAACCAAUUGAUAUCUAGAUUUCAUCCUGAACUAUGUAUAUUUUUGAAAGCAAUAUUUAAUGUCUUUACAUCUUUUUCCUGGAUUUGUUUUUUGUUGUUGUUGUUGAAAACAAACUUUGCUGAGGAGAUUUAUGGAUUCUUGUUUUUUCUUGUUUAUUUUGUUAUAGCAUUAGAAUAUGUUCUUUAUCCCUCUUUACUCAGGCACUUACAGUCUUGCUUCCAGCUAUUGCCUUAAUGUGUGUGUGUCAUCAGUGAAAACAAUCCCUCGUCUGGCAGUGUCUUUAGACAAUUCACUGACCCUGGCCUGAACUCCUCUCAGGGACCCAUCUCUAAGAGAGUGGGGAUGGUUUCUGUAUACCCAGUAAUAUUUGCAUUUUAAAAUCAUAUCUUAAAGAGACAACCAUCACCAGCAAGCUGUCCAAUAUUUCGUUCUGAAGGACAAUUGCAAUUUGGUUCUGCUCUUAGUUCUGAAGGGGGUCAGGUUUUCUAGUACUCAUUUAUGAAAGUUUUCCCUCUUCCUUCAGUGUUAAAGUUGAAAGUGUAUCUUUUACAUAUAUGAAAAUUAAACUCCAUACCGAUUGUAUAUUCAUUCCAACAAUUAUUAUUUUAUUAGUCUUAUGAAAACCAUGUAUUAUACUGUGCCCUUCGUAGGCACAUUCAGUCUCAGGGCAAAGGGGAGUAUCACUUUGGGCCAGGGGCUGUGGUUUCACAGGGAGAUGUUGUAUAACUCACGUUGAAAAUAUUUUGGAAAACAAUUAUGCUCAACAUUUAAAAAGAAGUAGGCAGGAGAACCUAGAAGAUGGCGGCUAGGCGAGACAGGGCUAAGGAACACCUCCGUGGAAAACACUAGAUAAGGACCAGAGAGUGACCCAGAAUACCGGUUACAGUGAUGUGCCAGCUGGAUGAGAUCUGCUAGUUCCCAGGGGCUGUAUGCUUCAUGAAACUGAGAGUCUGCAUUCUGAAACGAGUGAGUAAGCUGUCUGAAAGUCCAAUAGCCGCGCGGCGAUCCGGGGAAACCAGGGUUUGGCAUCUGGAAACCAACGGGCUCUUUUAAUUAAAAAAAAAAAGAAAGAAAAGAAAAAAGGGGAAAAGCCAGGAGUGGCUGCAG